AUGGCGGCCGCGGAUCCCCGGUCCUCGAGUGACGGCGGGCCGGCCAGCAGAGGAGGAUUCCCGGCCGGGGAGAGCAGCAACGACCGUAACGGGCCGGGCGGCGGAGGCAGCGGGGAAGGCGAACGGGAGCGAGACCGGGCAACGUUCGAGUGUAACAUUUGUCUGGACACUGCGAGGGACGCUGUCAUCAGUAUGUGCGGACACUUGUUCUGGUACGGUCCAAGGCGGGGGAAGCGGGCAUGUUUCUAUGCGUGGAGGUGGUCAUUCCUGUGCGGGUUUAACCACCUAACAUAAAGUAUGUUUUUUCCCGUUUGUGCGGCCUCGUUUAACCUCUAGUAUGAGUUAUUUGAAGGCCAGUAAGACGCUGAUAUGAGUCUGUUAUCCCUGCUUGUUGUUGGGGCUGAGAGUGGCCAUGAUAGCUUGUUAAAUAUUAGAGAAGAGGGUGUUGGUUUGCUGUCAGUACAGCUGGUAUAGGGGAGAGUGGGGUGAGUUGAGCCACCUCCUGUUCCUUGGAAAUAGCAAAAGAAAUUGAUCAUGUGACCAAAUAUUUAGGAGAUGGGCAUCAAUUCAUGGAGUCUGUGAAGGUUAGAAGCACAUGGGUGAAGGGGUUAGACAUUUAUUUACAAAAAAAAAAACAUUUUACAUGCUUGAAACUGAAUGAAGUCUUUCAUAAUUUUUAUAAGAAUUGUGUUCAGACCAAAAAAGAUCAUUUUAACUUUGUUUUAUACAUCAAUUGUAUACAAUACAUCACACGCUCCAGCCAAAUGGUCAGCACUUAUAGCCAAUCAGAGGCAAUAAGAUAAGCACAUGAAACUAUGGUAACAACCGUUAGCUUACGUUAGCAAAGAUGAAAGUUCAAGUAAAGACGUUUAGCAAACUUUUAAAGAACACAAACCAUCGUCAUAUCAGAAAAAAUGAAUGCUGCAAUAUCACAGGGUGGGAAAACGUCGCUGAUGUGAACGCUUGUAUUGACAGGAUACGGGUUUGAAAAAAAAAAAUUUGACGUCCGAAAUAAUCGCAGGAAAAAAACAGUCCCAGUGUGAAAGGACCUUAAGUUGACCAUAGGAAACCACUUUUUUUGGCAUGCUAUAUUAUCAAGAGAGUUAUGUUUACGCCUUUAUGUAUUUAAUAUCUAUCUUGAUGUAGUGAUCUGAAAUAUGAAAAAUGGCUCAUCUUACCCCACUCUCCCCUAACUCAUAUGUAGCUGCCCUUUAUCCCUGUUUACAAAUACCGCAUUUACAGCCUGGAGAGCAUGCUGUGUAGGUGCUUCUGACAUACAUAUUGCACAUGUGAUUCUCCGAUCUUGUGAGGUAUCAGGCGCUCGCAGCUGAUCAUGUCAGAAGGUUUGUUGUUGGUCAGAGAUCACAUAGACAGCCAGAGCCUCCUUUGAAAAUGUACAGGCUUAGGUGAAACAUUAACUCUGCUGACGAAGUUAGUCCGUACAUGUGCAGGUGAAUAUUCUGAGCUGCAAAGUCCAAACAUCCUCCCAGGGAAAGACUUGGGAAUGCAGAUCCACUGGUUAGUGUUUUCGCUCCUUUUCUCAAUUUCAUAUCUGAGUCAAACAAAUCGGUUUUUCUUCUCUGGUAUUUUGAAGACAUCAACUCGUGUUCCACGAGUAUAUUACUAUCAUUUCUGGGAUGUAUACUCUGAAAAGUUACAGAGAAAAAAGUUGAUCUAAAAUAAAGAGGUGUGUCAACUCAUUUUACUUGCAACAAGGAGUUUCUGUUACUCAUUCCUAUAAAUACGCUGAGGGAUAUUUGGAGUUGCUGUCAUUUCCCUACAUAGUACUGUAAUAAACGAGUCAAGUCACUGUUAGACUGCACCUUACUAGUAUCUCAUGUCUUGUCUUCUAUCUUUCUUGAAAUCAAAGACUUGCGCAACCUCUCAUCUUGAUAUCGUCCACCGUGACGUGAGGCUCAUUCAGGAGUUGUGUGUGUUGACUGACAGCCAUGCUCGCUCAGGCUAAUGUGAGAUUACAGCCACGGAGAGUAGGAUUGGGGUCAAAGCUAAAGGUAUUAUGCUCAGAAGAAAACGUAUCUUAUCUUCACCUGUUGUUGUCUCAUCUUUGUACUUUGACUCGAUAAUGACCUGAUGGGGGUCUAGAGAGGUAAAGGAUGAUGAAGCUGCAUUGAAGUGACGUCGGUAAACGUUGAUUAUGGAUGUUAUCUCUGUGUUUGUGGUGAAGCUUGAACUCCAACUAAAAAAGUACAUCAUGUACAAGAAGCCACAUACGGACAUUGCUUGUGUUAUCCUUUAUCAGAGGAAAAUAGCGAGAUUUACUGGUCAAACCUACAAAAUAAAAGCCAAAACAAGGAAACCUUACUCCAGAUAGAGUCCUUGAACUUUUGUUCAAGAUAAAUCUUUUGGGCAAACACUUCGAACUUAUCACAUUUGUUGACAGGUCUGCAAGCAAAAAUUUGACUUUUUAAGAGCAGCAAUUAAAGGAAGCGUUGGACAUGUUCUGUUGUUUUGUUCCUGGAGAAAGGCAGCCUUAUCUCACAUGUGCAGUUGCCGCUCUGUCAGUGAAGCUCCUGUGUUAUGGCGCUGAUGUAACGUGGUUGCUAAGAUACCUGUCACCCUCUCCUCUCUCUCGUGAUGAAACGGUGAUGAUGAAAGUAUCAGCAAUGAUGAGAUGUGUUGUCGUCUGACCACCUGCUGCAACUGCAAAACAAACUUGCACCAAAGUUGCAUUACAUUGAUUUUAUAUCUCUAUCAGAUGAGUUAUUGGGCGUGUGACAUCUUUACUAUCUAUGAGUGAGAUUUCACUUAAGUACACUCAUCCCAUCACUGUCAUUGAUUCUGAUUAAAUAGGCAGAAGUGAGUACAAGUGAGUUUUAUAUAUAAAGGCUCAAUGGCAGCUCAUUCUGUUUGAACGGACUGCUGCGGGGUGACGCAGCUCAAGGAAGAACAUUUAUGAUCAUUUCUUUAUCAUUUCCUUGAAGUAAUAAUCACCAUAUUAAUCAUUUUGCACUGCAGACGCGGUAGUUCUUCUGUCUUAGUGUCUCGGUCUGUUUGCAUUUCCAUAAAGAAAUGAUCAUAAAUGUUCUUCCUUGAGCUGCGUCACCCCGCUGAAGUCUGUAAUGGACUGGCCCAAGGUCUCGCUACAAACAAGCGGCUGCUGGAAGGGAGAGGGUGAGUUGUAUUUAGUUUUUUUGCUAAAGAAAUUAGGCAUAGUGAAAAAGAUGUUUGGUGGCUAGUACUAUGGCUGGGACCCAAUAUGUACUGUUGAUGAAGUUAGGUGCUGUUCUGGGCAUUAUUUGUGGCUAUAGAGCGGCAUUUUGGUUGAAGUUUGUGUGUGGCUGUGUAUUGCUAUCGUGCAGUUGUUAGUAAAGUUGGUAUAAAUGGAGAAGCAAGCGGUCGGCAACAUUCAUCUCUCGGGGUGGGGGUGUCUAGCUCAAUGUUAUAGUGUGUUUGACCCUUAAUUAAUUUUAUGCCGGAAUAUCCCUUUAAGUGACCUACGUUUUAGAGGAAGCACAACACAAGCAAAGAUCUAAACAGAAGAGUUGAAGUCAAGUUGUGUAACAUUGGCUGUAACAUCUCAUGACUCGAGAUCCUCCAUGGAUUAGACCGUCUCAUUGCAGUUUGUCUGAGGGUCUAAAAAGAAUUGGUCUGUAAAUCUGUGAAGACCAACAACUUCUACCCUGGGCGCUUAGACGUCUAUUUUUCAUUGUGUAUCCUCCCUUUUUUUCCAGAAGAGUUUCCCAUGCUGUCAGCAUUGUGUUUACCGAAAAUAAAGUGCAGUGUGAUUAGGAUCAGAGAAGCAACACGACAAAAAUCCAGUUUGGUUUAUGGCAAAUGAGACCCUGCAUGCAGUGAAUGACUGUGGUGGGUUGACACAAUGGAGCGUGUAUAUGAGUAAACUGUGUGGUCAGGCUUCAUUGAACACUUAUUGAGCCUCUUAUAGGAAAUUAAGCGGUUAAUUUCAGGUCACAAGAGCCGGGCUGUACGUGUGGCUACAUGUUAAAUCACAGUUGAAUGGACUGUUAUGUUAACUGAGUCCUUUGGCUUUGUUCAGCUGUUUGUAUUCACAGGAAUGUCAUUCUCAGCAGCUAUCUGAUACACUAACACUGUACACUACACACUGAACUGUAACGUGAAGCCCUCUGAAAUACUGUAAAUUAGUAUGUAUUAAAAAAGCAUGUACACUGACAUGUUGUGUUUUGGCGUUUGAGUUUGUUUGGUUUAUUCGAGUCAUGUUCAAGUUCAUGUGGAGGCGUUGGGUUUGGCCUGCCCGAGGCUAUGACAGCUCGACUGUUUUGUGAAGCCUUGAAAAUGUCUAAAAACAAGUCCUGCCUGUUCGUCUGCAUGAUCUGAUGAAGUUCGUCUGUCAGGGAAUCCCUCACAUAGAUAUUUAAAGGGAUCAGAGAAAAGUCAACAGUGAUGUCUUCACGCAGAAAAACUUAUAUGUAUAUAUAGUAUGUAUAUUUAUAUUAAACCCUACAAAUAAUAGCCUUCAGCUGAGCAUGUUACCACAUUCUUGACAGUGAAACACUGGCUCUAUUUUUAGCAUCAGUACAUGCCUAAAACAGCCGUCUGAGUGAAAAAAAGUCCUUUAAAGCAGGAACAUGUUAUCUUGUUCUUUUUUGUCAGCUCAUAAGGAGGGCUCUGCUUACCUCAUGGAAAAUCUCAACUUGGACAUUUUAUCUGCAGUGGAUAAAGUGCUAAAUCUGCAGUGCGCCUUAAUUAACUGAGGGUCUAGGGGUGGAACUGACCCCAGAAAACGUUUCCUAUCUAAUAUAUAUUGCACUGGAGACUAUGAGGAUUAAGUAGGAUUAAGUUUGAGGCCUUUUUAUACAUUCAGAUUAUGUCAGUGAAAUUAUAUCUCAAGAUGGACAUGUCAUGACUUUUGGUAGGGCUAUAAAUUCUUGAUUUGACCCGAGUUUUACAUGGUGAAGGUUUGUUUACUAUAAUUGAGAGGAGCAAAUUUCCUCAAGCCACUUUUAAACUCAUAAAAAAUUAUGUUUGUCUUUGGCUACCAAGUGUAUUUGAGGGUUGAGGUUGCUAAUCUCUGUUUCAAAUGGAUAGAAAUGCAGAAUAGGAAAGUUUGAGUUAAAUUGUAGUAUUGGAUGUGUUGGCAUACAUUAGAACAAAGAACAUUGUUGUCCACAUGUUUCAGUGGUCAUUAGCUGUAUUCAUGUAAACAAUCCUUGUGAAAGUCAAAAAAUUAAGGGCCUGUGUCCAUUUACAGUCUUCUUUGAGCAGGCGCUGCUUUUAUCCAACGGAAGUAAAUUUUCAAAUGAAAGUGACAGGAAUUUUUUGUGGCAUUGGCGGCUUGUCCCUCCUGUCGUAGUAUCCUUGAAAAGGAAGUAAGUUCCUUAUUGCAUUUGUCAGAACUCCAGACCCUUCUUGAUUUUGAUUGGUCAGUUAUGGAAAAGUUCCACUGAUGAAUGUGAUUUUGUUUCAAAAGUUAAACUGUUUUUAGCGGAGAACACUGAAAACUUAUUUACAGUCUUCUUGAGUUAAGGAUAAUGAGCAUCUGAAACUCUGAAUUGCAUCUGUUAUGUACAGAAAAAUAAAGAUGUUCCUAGUGGACACAGGCCCUAAUGAAACCCUAUGACCCACUGCAGUCAUCGAGGUAUCUUCUUCUUUAACUGGCUCAAUGAUUAGUUAAAUUAGUGAAUGGUUAAUCAAAGUUAUAACUCUAAGAAAACGAGUAUUUUGCUCACACGUGCUCCCCAAACAUGUUCCCCUCGUUGUCACAGUUUUCUGCAGCAGCAGGGACACGCACAGUGAUAGCUCUGCUAAUGACAGAUGGAGCUAAUUAAUUUACAGCGACAGGGAGCGGGGAUGAGUUUAAUCAGCUACGUCAUAAGGAACAGGUUUUUCUGGCCAGGUGGGGGAUGCAUAGAUGACGGGGGGAAAAUCUGACUCAAAGAUGUACAGAAAAACAGCCGUACACUCUCUUUAUUCUAAUCAGUACGAUUGAUUUGAUACUCAUGUUUCUCUCUUUCUCUCUCUCUUUGUUUGUUUGCAGCUGGCCCUGUCUUCACCAAGUGAGUAUUUCUUCUUUGUCAUGUCACCUUCACUCAUAAAAAAGGACCUGUAAGGUGUUAUUAUGCCCGUUUUUGGCUGUCAAUCUCAACGAAGCUUUACAUCGCCCCUUUUCAAUUAGCGAGUUAACCUAAUCAACGUAAGGAUGUGAUGUAACCGGAGCGUGUAAAUGACACCUCUAAGUUGACUUAAUGCAGCUUAAACAUGCUAAUGCACCUAAAGCUUCUGUUUACUGCACCUUCUCUUUACUAUUCAUCACUCCAGCCAGCGUGUGGAGCUGCAGACCGCUCUCUGUGCAGACUUUAAUGCGCAUGCUGUAGUUCGAAUCACAAUGAGAGAUAAUUUGGUGUUGUUUGGAUUUGUACGCAGUGUUUCCACAAAAAGAAAACAGCACAAAAAGGGGGUUUGAUCUGGUCUGAAUUAUGUAACUUCUUCCUUCCUGCUCUCAGUGGUUGGAGACGAGGCCCAGCAGGCAGCAGUGUCCUGUCUGUAAAGCAGGAAUCAGCAGAGAGAAAGUCAUCCCACUGUACGGCCGAGGGAGCUCCAGCCAAGAGGACCCCAGGUACCCUACAAGUGUUCUUCAUGUGCAUGUGGAGUUAAAGUGAAAGCCUCUUUGUCACCUCAUCACUGAGUGUUUUGUUGUUGUCGCCACUCAGGUUGAAAACUCCUCCACGGCCUCAGGGACAGAGAACAGAGCCAGAGAGUAGAGGCGGGGUGAGUGGAUUGAAACUUCUCUAAAGGGGUCUAAUGUACACACAACAGCACAGGGAGUACUGUGUUAUCAGUAUCUGUGGCAUUUUCUGUGGAAAAGGGACAGUGGUGUAAGGAUGUCUGAUCCACAGGGAUGAGUUUUGGUUCACUUUACAUCACUGCAGUGAGAACACAAAGCAACCCCAAAGGGAAAAUAUAACAAUGAAUAACUUUCAUCUUUACUGGAAUAAAGAAAAUGAGCUAUAGGUGUGUACGCUUUGUGCUGUGUCUUGGUCAAAAUAGAAUGUACAUGAAGCAGCGGAGUAAGUUUUGGACCCUGUAUAAACCAGCUCUGAUCAGCCUCUCUCUGACCGGUCAGUUUUGAUUGAAUAUUGAAACCCGUUUGUCUCUCUCUCUGUCUGUAGAUGUUUCAGGGUUUCGGGGACACUGGCUUUCACAUGUCUUUUGGCAUUGGUGCUUUCCCCUUUGGCUUCUUCACUACAGUCUUCAACACCAACGACCCCUUUCACAGAGCAGGUAAAGACACAGCAGCUCAAAAAGCAACCCUAACAGUCAAAGUGGUACGAUCAAAUAAUGUUACCAAAUGUCAUGGCAUUUAGUGAUCCUGUUAUUUAGCCUUUUAAUCUCUUUUUUUGAUUUAGUUUCUGUCAUGAUUGAAAAGGUAUAUUUUACUGAAUUAUGAGGCUAUAGAUGUGAAAUGAAAACAGUGACAACAGUUGUUUUCCUUUAAUGUAAAUACCGCAGUGAAGUUAGUUUUACGUUGGAUAUCGGACGGACAUUCACUGCAGAUCUACCGGUGUCUUCUCACUCUCCUUAACCUGGAAUAGUAACAACAGCAGUGUUGUUAAAUCUACUCGGCAUCCUCGCUGUCAAUGGCGGGUUUUGAAUAAGGGACCGUCAAUAAAUUACCGGUAGAUGUCCUCGAAAAAAGGCUGUUUUCCUUCAAUAGCUUCCAUGUCAUGACCUAAAAUUGAUUUCAAAUAAUAGUGCUAAGGUCGACCAAUAAGACACACCUCUUCAUUUCCCUAAUUUGUCCUCUAAAUAAAUUGAGUGUUAAAUUUAAAGGCAAAUUUUGAAUCUUUCCUUCAAUAGUUGAUAUGUCAUGUGACCAAAAGACCUAAAAUUGAUUUCAAAUAAUAGUACUUAUGUGGACCACCAAGACAAACAUUAUUUGAUCAAUUUUCAUUGUGCCCCUAAAGUUCUUUGUGUGCUCCUGACUUUUUUAACUUAGAAGCACAUGUGCCCCUUGUGAAAAAAGUUAGCGUUAAGCUCUGUUUUAAGCCCUUUAAAAAACUACUUCCUGUUUGAUUUGGAAGUGUACAGAAAUUCGGUAAAGCAGACAGGGGUUGGUUAUGCAGAAGCAGAAACUUCCUGUUGCCCAGUGUCUAUAAUAAUCAUGUAUCAGGCCUCCCGGGUAUCACUUCUGUGUCCUAUUCUAUUCAGAAGUUGCGAGUAAAUUGGUGUUAACGUCAUUAAUUCAUGUUCUGUCUCUGUAGACCAGUAUGCAGGUGACCACCAAGCCAACGGCAACCUUAACAACGGCAAUAACAACUGGCAAGACUCCCUCUUCCUGUUUGUGGCCAUCUUCUUCUUCUUCUGGCUGCUGAGUGUGUGA